AUGGCCGCCUACCCCACAACCUUCUUGACGCAGGUUAUGAAGGUACUCUGAGUACUCUGCAUACGACUUGGCGUGGCAGUCUCUCCACAUGGCGGCUGGUGCUGCCUGCAGAGGUAGCACAUCUUCAGGGGGAACUGGUUGCUGUCCGAACCAAGUGAUGACCAGAAACAGAGCUGACAAGAAGACUUGUGCUCAGAUUUGUGCCCAGACUGCUUACCGCAACUGUGACGCAGAGGUUUCAAUCUACGGGAAGAAAGGCAAGGCCACAAAGAAUGGAAUGAUCGUGGGCUCAUUUCACAACUACAGCUGUAACCAUGGAACCUGGGGAGGAAAUGAGGUGUCUAGUUCUGACAAAACUGUCAUGAACUACAGUUACCAUUAUUUCAGCUUCUGUUGCUGUCGAAAGUAG